AAUAAUAUCAAAAACUAUGUCAGCUUCUAAAUUGAUGUACUCUUCUCCAGGACCUAAGAAUUAAUCUGCUGUUUCAUAUGGGGGUGAUAGAGACAGGGCACUUUCUCCAAGUAGAGCUAAGAUCUCAUAAUUAACUGAAAAGCUCUCUAACCUAUAACAUUCUAUUGAUGAGGAUUAAGCAGUAUUUACUUAUAUCAAUCAUUUUAUUUUAGUUUAAGAAGGAAACAUUUGAGUAGAAAGUCAAAAUUCUAGAGGAUAAAGUUACUAAAUAACAAUAGAAUGAUGAAUCAAAAUUUAAGUUACUGAAGGAAUAAUUAUCCAAAGUAGAGGAAGGAGCUUAAAAUGAAAAAAUAAUUAGAGAGGUAUAUUUAAUUCGAUUAUAAAUAGAGUGGUGAUGAGAAAUUGAGAACCAAGGAUUUGAAGGGACUAGAGGCCUAUUUAGGUAAGGAAUUGCAGGGGGAGAAAGUGAAUAGAAAAGAUUAUGAAUAAAAGAUCGUAAAAAACACUGACGAUAGAGUUUAUAGUUUAAGAUUGGAUUUGGCUAGGUAAAAGAAAUACAGAGAGGAAACAGAAGAAAAGAACGCUUAAGAAAUUGGGGAUCGAGUUUUAUAAUUAUAAGAAGAAGUUGAGGAAGAGAGGAGAUAGAGGUAUUGAUGCAAAUUUAUUCAAUCUAGAGAAGAAUAGAAUUAAUAAACUAUUAAGAGGUUGGGUGAUUCGAUAUUGAAAUUAUAGGAAAUCUUGACAACUGAGAAAAAGUAGAGAGAGAUUGCUUAAGCCUAGAUGUUUAGAAUGCUCGACGAAAUGAAUGCAUAUUUAAAUGGAGAAUUAAAUGCUGAAAAAAAUGAGAGAGAGUCUACUGAAGAAACAAUUAUCAACCUAAUUGACUAAACAUGUAAUAGAGUGGAGAAUUCAUUAAGAAAAUGAACUAUAUAAUAAAGUUAAGGAAAACAUUUAUUUUUUAAAUAAA